AUUUGUCGAGCGCGCUCCUCUAUCUCUGUGCCGCGCUCUUAAAAUAUUUCCAAUUCCACCCAACCACUGUUUUCUACUUUCCUCUCUCUUCUUCACUCUCUCUCGUGUCUCUUCAUUUCCGCCGGAGAUGCAGCUACCACCGCCGUCGCUUCACUCUCCGGCAACACUACAUCCCCGGUGAAGAAUCACUCAAACCAUGCAAGAGACGCUCCUCACACUCUCCGUCUCCCACCAAGACAUUCUCCUUCACCCAAACCCCCAAGCACCCAAGAAGAAAAAAUCCCAACCACGCCACAAGCACCGAGCAGGACCCACCGCCGACAACUACCUCAUCGUCCCGUCUCCGUGUCCGGCGCCCUCACGGAACAGAACCCAACCUCGCCGCGUCAGCCCCGCCGUCUCACCUCCCUCCUCCGCCGCGGAGAAGGCCCUUCCGAACGGCGACAUCUACACCGGAACGCUGUCGGGGAACGCGCCGCACGGUACCGGGAAGUACCUCUGGUCCGAUGGGUGCAUGUAUGAGGGGGAGUGGAGGAAAGGGAAAGCGUGCGGGAAGGGGAGAUUCUCGUGGCCUUCUGGAGCUACCUACGAGGGGGAGUUCAAAUCGGGUCGGAUGGAAGGGUUCGGGUCCUUCAUCGGCGUCGACGGUGAUAUGUACCGUGGGUCGUGGCUUGCUGACCGGAAGCAUGGGUUAGGGGAGAAGCGGUAUGCUAAUGGGGAUGUGUAUGAAGGGUGGUGGAGGUGCAACCUGCAAGAUGGUGAAGGAAGGUAUGUGUGGAAGAAUGGGAAUGAGUAUGUAGGAGAGUGGAAGUGUGGUGCUAUUUGGGGAAAUGGGGUUUUGGUUUGGGCGAAUGGGAAUCGUUAUGAAGGGUGUUGGGAGAAUGGGGUGCCUAAAGGGAAGGGAGUUUUCACUUGGUGUGGUGGGGGUUUGGGGAAGGAGCUGGUGAAUGUGGUGGAGGGGGAGGAGGAGAAGCAGUGUCAGGUGAUGGCGGCGGCGAGGAAGAGGUCUUCGGUGGAUGGUUCAAGGAGUGUGAGUUUUCCCAGGAUUUGCAUUUGGGAACUUGAUGGAGAAGCUGGGGACAUUGUCUGUGACAUUGUUGACAAUGUGGAAGCUUCUAUGUUUUACAAGGAUGGUAGUGAAUCAGAAAACAGUGGAGAAGGUUAUGGUGUGUUGCACAAGACUCCUUGUUGGUCUGUUGAUGGUGAUGUCAAGAAGCCAGGUCAAACUGUUUCCAAGGGACACAAGAACUAUGAUCUCAUGCUCAGUCUCCAACAGGGUAUCAGGUUCACUGUUGGCAAGUAUGUUUCUAUUAUGCGAGAGCUUAAGCCCGGGGAUUUCGAUCCCAGAGAGAAAUUCUGGACAAGGUUGCCGCAGGAAGGUACCAAGUUUCCACCUCCAUACCAGUCUUUGGACUUUAGGUGGAAGGAUUACUGUCCCAUGGUGUUCAGACAUCUAAGGGAAUUAUUUGCCAUAGAUCCUACGGAUUACAUGCUUGCUAUUUGUGGAAGUGACACACUCAGAGAAAUGUCUUCUCCUGGCAAGAGUGGAAGCAUCUUUUACCUCACUCAAGAUGACCGGUUCAUAAUCAAGACAGUGAAGAAGUCUGAAGUCAAGGUGCUGAUCAGGAUGCUUCCAAGCUACUACCAACAUGUUUGUCAAUACAAGAACACCUUGGUAACAGCAUUCCUGGGGGUUCAUUGUGUCAAGCCUGUUGGAGGUCAAAAGACCAGGUUUAUUGUGAUGGGCAAUGUGUUCUGUUCGGAGUAUCGGAUCCAUAGGAGGUUCGACCUCAAAGGUUCUUCUCAUGGUCGAACAACAGAUAAACCCCAGGAGCAGAUUGACGAGACCACCACUCUCAAAGACCUUGAUCUUAAUUUUGUCUUUCGCCUGGAACAGUCUUGGUUUCAAGAGCUUAAAUGGCAACUUGAUAGAGACUGCGAGUUCCUGGAAGCCGAGGGAAUCAUGGACUACAGUCUUCUGAUUGGCCUUCAUUUUCGUAAUGAUCACUCAGCUGACGGAAUGAAAAGUUCAGGCAAGAGAGACUUGCAUGAUGAUGAGAUGCACUUAUGCCGGGGACCUCUAAUCAAGCUGGGAAUGAACAUGCCUGCCAGAGCUGAAAGAGUAUCUGGUAGUGGAAGUGGCAAUUCUACCCUUUCAGAGAAUAGCAGUGAGAUCUCUGAUGUAAUCCUCUACUUUGGUAUCAUUGACAUUCUCCAAGGCUAUGAUAUUGGCAAAAAGAUAGAACAUGCAUACAAGUCACUACAAGUGGACCCCACCUCCAUCUCAGCCGUUGAUCCAAAGCUAUACUCCAAAAGGUUCAGGGAUUUCAUACACAGAAUCUUUGUAGAGGACAAAUGAAGAAGCUUGGUGACAAAAUACCAUUGGAAUUUGGAAGUGCUCCAGGACCAACUCUUUGGCGUUAAAUUAAAGUCCACAAGAGUGGAACUUUGAUGGCUAAUUUUUCUCAUAGCCAUUAGAAAAUUGAGACCAGAUGCUAGUUUUUUGUUUCACCCCUUCUUUUUCAAUUGCUUUUUGCUGUGAAUGUGGACCAUUGUGGGGUGUGGAAAAGGGGUAUAUAAGGUUAUGGUGAGAUUCAAAUUGAGGGGUUAAUAAGUGUACAGAGACAGUCAAAAGAUUGAAUAGUAGAAUUGAAUUGAACAUACAUCUUUGGUUGAAUAUGGUUUUGAACAAGAAAGAAAAAGUUCCCAUAGA